AAGGUCACGUCCAAGGCGGCCAUCCCCAUGCGUAUCGGAUUCGCUGCCGACAAUGCUGGGGACUUCGAGCUCAUUGUGGCCUUCAUGGGCCCUGACUUCGAGACCAGGUUCAUGGCAGUGACGGGUCGCGGUGUCAACAAGGGGGAGCCCCACUAUCUGCAUCCAGUGCUGGACCUGCCGCCUGGCGGCUACGUGGUGGACUACGAUGGCGACGGGAAAGAGAGUCUCCUGCUCAUGGGGCACUUCAGCCACACACACGAGCCAAAAAUGGUUAGCCGUGAGAAAAGGAUGCGCAGGUAUGCACAAGUGAAUUGAUGGGUUUAUCUGCCUGUGUCUCUAAACAAGAGUGUAGAGAAGUGGACGUACAGCGUGAACGGUCAAGUUGUGUCCAGCGGUGUCGACAAGGACAUUACUGAGGAAUAUGAUACUGGUGUUUACACAGUCCAGCUCACCAUUGAAGACGGAGAGGCAAAAACACUCGCGGACACAGGGAGGUAUGCAGCCACACGCAACGAAUGCAACACCCAUCCGUGCUUGCCUACUUCUGGCAUGCCAUUUUUUGUCUUUCUUCCCUCCUCUAUCCUCCUUUCAGUGUGGCUGUUGUGCCCAUCGACAAGAUCCCCGGUUGUGCGGCUUUUCUUUAUAAGCCCCCUUCGUCGCAGCUCAGCGGGUUCUUUGAGGCGCCCAUGGACGGCUUCAAUCUCAAGAUUGGCGGCACGACACUUGAGCCGAAAUGGAUCGGCAGCAGUCUCGACAACGGAUGCGAAUUCAAACCCGACGGUCGGACUAAUAACAUCAUGGGGUCACCCUUCAAGCAGGAUGUCAUUCUCAGAGCUAAGGUCGGCGCCGGAGCUUCGCAUGCCAUGAGGGGAGUGAAUGAGCUUGUAUGUAUGUCUUGUAUCCGUUGGAUGGUGAAGGGUACCCUAAAGGUGAAUGACGGCAUGAAGAAUAACAAAGGGGAGGUUCCGAUCACCGUCAACGCAGAGCCGGCCGUCCAGACGAUGCUGUGGGUCGACGGCAAGCCUUUUGCACUCGGUAAGGGCAAUGCCGAAGCCGAACUUGCCAACGGGGCCCAUCAAUUUGAGAUCAGCUGGCUCAUUAAGGACCCGGCUUCGAAGCCUCUGUCGGUAGGUGCUGUUGUGUAAGUAAGACAAGAGGAGGGGAUGGGGAGUGAACACGCGCGAAUCCGUACUUCGCUCAGUUGCAUACGAAUGGCGAGGCGGCGGCUAUCGAUGAGAUCUCCCACAGCCAGCAGGAAUACACUCCGUUCAUCAACCGCAUCUCCCCCACUAAAGGGCACGUCUCCGGCGGCCAAAAGAUAACUAUCGAGGGUGCCGGCUUCAUGAAUCCCGAUGCGGUCAAGAGGGGUGCCUCCCUUCUCUUUGGCAAAACACCUGUCGACUACCUCACGGACACUCGGGUCCUCAAAGCUUCUGGCACAGAGAUCGUAUACGAGAUUCCGCCAGGGGUGAGCGUGCAAAGACUGGCUUAGACCUGUGCGUCGUCUUUACGUGUUCGUUGGAUAACAGGAGGAGGGCGAGCUUUCUGUGUCCGUCAAGACCCCUCAUGGUGUAUCGAACAAGAAGCGUUUCGGGUAUUCUAGUCGUGUGCCCCCCGCUCUUAAGUGGACCAAUCAGACCAUCUUACUUACCUUGGAUAGUGAAGCACCCCUGAAACGCAAGCGGGGUCGCAAAUUCAACGGUACACUUUCUAGAAGACAUGCCGAAAUUACAUUGUAUGCCUCUCUCUCUAUCUGCGUGUGUUGUCAGGCUCGCUGACCCAGGGCGAGUGGGGCCCUGAUUGUCGCCUAUACAUGAGUGAUAUCGGCGGCGGCAUCCGGGCGCUUGAGCGGACCUCGAACGACGACAUCGACGAGGAAAACCUGAUCGAAAUCACCACCACCAUGGUCCGUGAGUGGAAAAAUGCCUUUGAACAGCUGUCAACCAACUGUGGCAUGCUUCAGGAAAAAUACCCUGGCCACGCCAUCACUGGCUUCGGAUGUCAGGCUAACCCAAGGGCUAACAUAUGAAACCAUGUUGCGUUCUCCUGUCCCCUGCCUAUCUCAGUUGACCCCUUUGGCGACCCUGACGAUCCAGAGAUCUACGUGGCACACGCUCCCAUGUUCCAGUGGGUACGACACGAGAGAGGGACCCGGCCAGGUGCACACGUGGAUUUUCCUCUUUCUAGCAGGGAGGAGACUGCUUCAGCCAAGAAAACGACACCGCCGAGUUCCUCGGUGUGUUGAGUAAACUGAAGGGUCAGUGUAGGCACACAUGCAGACACGGAUGCACAGAUCACUGCUGGUGGCGAUGGUGCACCAGGUCCCCCUGACUUCAAGCAUCAUGAAGUGGUGCUGGACGGCCUGCCCAUGUCCAACCACGACCACGGCCUGAACGGCAUAUCAUUCGACAACAGCGGCAACCUUUACUUUCCCAUCGGUGCCAUGACCAAUAUAGUACGGACACGCGCUACACUCACAUCGCUGGCCAUGCCUUUCGGAUUGUCAUCCGUCAUGUUCAUCCGUGCUCCUCCAGGGCUGGCCCGCAUGCAUCCUUGGCGGUUUGCCAGAGAGCCACUACUCAGCUGCCAUCAUCAAGGUGGAGUUGAGGAAUCCAAAGCGCUCCAAAACGCUGGAAUGGGUCGACUACUUCACAAGAGAGCUCAUCGGGAACCCCAACCAAGUCAGUGGAAUCCGACAAAUUCGCGUGGCAAUCCAGUUCGUAUUGUGACAUUUUUGCAGUUGGUUGCAGAUACGUACGAUGUGGCCCCGUGGGUCACGGGCGUGUAUCCCCACUCAUUUGGGUUCCGUAACGCCUACGACACGGUCUAUACGACAAAAGGGCAGCUGUGGGCAUCUUCAAAUGGCUGGAACGAGGGCUACGGCCUGGCAAUAAACGGACCACCGGAGUCGGGCUGUACGUUCGACGGCUGGGAUAAGUCGAGCUUCGCGAGUCCGGACAGAGGCGAGGCUUUGGACGGGGCGACCGGGGCGGAAAGAUUUCAUGUCAAUGGGGUGGCAUUCACGUGUCAUCAGGCAUAAAUCCGUUUUGGAAGGGGGAGAAGAAGUGCCGGCCAGUGUUGGAAGAAGACUGGACUGACCCCGAUCGCAUCUUCCAGACCUUUUCCAAUGCCUACCACGGUCUUCCAAACGCCGCACGUGCCCGCAACAUGAAGGACGACCGGCAGUGGUACGUCAAGGACGCCGACGCCCCACAUGACCCACCGAGGUUCCACCAGGGGUAUCCAUGGGAGUCAUCCACUAACGGAAUCGCCGAGUUCAGGGGUACAAAGCAGAUCGGCACUGCAUUAUCCCCUGCAUCCAAUCCUUCCAGGCAAUUGCUUUGCCGGAGCCAUGCGUGGCGACUUGCUGGGCGCCAAGUGGAGCGGCUGGAUCUGGCGGGUUGACAUUCCCUACCUGGACGAGGAGGAAGGAGACGACGUUACGAUUUCAAAACUCGAGGGAGCUGAAGUUGGCGGACUGGAGGUACGCACGAUGCAAAGGGAGACACACGGACACGAUACGCAUGGUUUGCAGGUGGUGUACGGCCCAGGGUGCAGUAUCUUGACGUUGGAUUACACGCACAACAAUCUCAAGCACAUCAUGGCCGACGACGAGGACGCCAACUCUAACUCCGGACCUACGGCAUUCGGUGAAUGAAGAUGCCAUUUAAAUGGCUUGCUCCGACGCUCAUGCAUGUCCGUACGCUUGUCGCUCGGUCGCUUAGACAUCACACCCUGGAGGGGCAACUACCGAUUCGCACAAAAGAUCGUCAUCGGUAAGUGAGAAUGCACGCACUGCCUUCAUGUUACGGAUGGCAUCUGCGUAUGCAGGUGGCUACAAUUUGAACGGCCAAGGCGAGACGAAGCCUCCGAUGCACCGUAAGGCCAACAAAUUGGUCAUCGAUGGGGUCGAGUGUAGCAUCACCUCUCAAAGCGUAAGCACAAUAGAGACUUACUCACGUCGUGACUUGGUGCCUGUCUGCGUAGGACACACGUAUCGAGGGUGUGGUUCCCGCUGUGGAGAGCCCUGCUCACGUUGAGGAGCUCGUGGAUGUGGUCUUGCACUUCAAUGAUGGCACAGAGUCGGUACUGCUGGACUCGUGGCUCUGGGCUGACCCAGGCGAUGCAAUCAACUAGACAUGCAAGCCAACAAGACAUUUGAGAAGCACAAAAGGAGUCUCUUUUGGGCUCGUCCGCCUGGCGAGAUGAGAGAGUACUUUUCCGAUGGAGAUGUGAUGAUUGAACAGCUUUGGGAUUGGCGUUUUCGUGUUGUGAUGUGCUGUCCACCACGAAACACCGCAAUGUCAUUCGGACCAGAGCCUUGGCGAAAGCCAAGGCUCUGAUGAGCCAGCCAUCAAUCAAACACCCGGAAAAAAGGGGAACCGGCUUUGUGUCCUUAACCACAUUCGGUGACUCAUUCAUAUGUCACAUCACGAAAGCCGCCGAUAAAAGAAGCCACAAGACUACCCAUAGCGGACCUUGAGCUGAUCCUCUUCAGGUACCGCACAAGCGUGGGUGAGAAGGUCUGUGUGACUUCUUCUGGGUCUUGUGGCGUUCGCGUUCCGUCUUUGAGCUUGUCAGGCCUCCAAGAGGCAGAGACGGGCCGGCGUGAACUGUGCGCCACUUCGGCUCACGAUAUUCGGCGUGCGUGUCGAGCUGUCGUGUCGGAGCAGAGUCAUUGGCGCCGUGCCCUGUCGUGUCCAAUCACUGGCCACAGGCUACUCGACGACCGAUUGACGCACGUCCGCCACCAGGUGACUGGUCAGCCCAAAAAAUGACUUCGCUCCCAUGUAUUUGUUUGCGUCUGUCUCUCUUCUCAGUGCUCCUUUGGUUUCCGCUCUGUCAUCGACGGCUUAAACUGAGAGCGGCGUUGAUCUCUUAGGCACAGAUCAAAUGUGGCGCGCCAGGGCCAACCAGGGCCCCCCAACAAAAAGACACACGCACACACACAACACGCAAAAAGAACAAAAACUUGAGAACAGAGGUGAUUAAAAACAUCGCAAACUCAAGGGAGGAGCUGGACGGGGUGGGUGUAUGGGAUGUCCUUGUCGGUCUCGUUGCCGCUUUCCGUUCUCUUUGUCAUCAGCUCCACAUUAGAAAAACACUGUGGCAAAAGGUUCUGCAGCCUGGGUUCAUUCGGCUCGGCCCUUUCGGGGCUCCCCCAACGACACCUGUUAGGCGGUAGGCUUCGCCCGAACGUGUUUGACCCCGAAAAACGGAAGGUGAUACAUCAAAGAAAAUCGCGCAUGUCUCUCGCCAUUCAUUCAUUCAUUCAUUCCUGCCUUCACGAACACGGACGCACAUUGACCCGCAGCAAACCCACACAGCCGCUGAUUAGAAAAUAUCGUCGUGUAGGGAGGGGCAGACAAGCGAUGCGAUGCGUGUGUGUGACGUGCCUGCCUGUGUCGUGUAUGCUUAAUGCGUAAGGUAGCGUAAGGGAAGGACGGACGGACAGAGC